AUGGCACGACCAAAAAAGGUGGCCGUUAUCGGCGCUGGCCCCUCCGGCCUCGUUACCGCCAAAACACUCCUCCACCAGUUCCCGGAGGGCACCUUCGCCCCGACUAUCUUCGAAAAGCGCCCCGAAAUCGGCGGUCUAUGGCCAGCACGACACGACCGCCGGUCCAGGAGCACAGUGAACCCACUGAUGCGAACGAACCUGAGCCGGUUCACCGUGUCGUUUUCCGAUCUCGCCUGGGAGUCGGUUGUCGGGGAUGCCGUGCCCACGUUUCCGCGGGCGUGGCAGGUCGGUCUGUACCUGGAGAAGUACGCGGAGCGGUACCUGCCCGCUGAGGUGGUGAGAUUGGGGCACGAGGUUGUGGGGGUUUCGCGGGCCAGAGUGGAUGGGCGGCCGCGGUGGACUGUGCAGUGGAGGAGGCACGGCUACGAGGACGGAGUACAGGCCGAUUCUGCGGGGGACUGUACAGUGGUGGGGUCCGAGGAGUUUGAUUUCCUGGUUGUUGCGUCGGGCUACUUCGCUCGUCCGUACUGUCCGGAUAUCCCUGGGCUUGAUGCCUUCGCGGACAGGACGAUCCAUAGCUUUGCGCUGCGCGACAGGGAGGAUCUGGAUGGUCUCGUUAACAGGGCUGGACCUGACGGUGGUAAGUUGGUGGUUAUCGGGGGAAGUAUGUCAGGAGCUGAGGCGGCUUCGGCUCUUGCCCUGCAUGUUUCCUCUUCGCGAGCAGCUUCGGGGGCGGCGCAAGCGGACGUCCACCACGUAUGUAGCAGGCCAUUCUGGACUGUCCCAACUCACCUACCCCACACGCGAAAGGAGGACGCGGCGGACACGGGAACGGUUUCUCUACUGCCGCUCGAUCUGGCCAUGUAUGAUCUGGCGCGGCGUCCUCCAGGACCUGUUGAAUAUGCAUUUGGCCCUGUCUCGUCCACGCAGGUUGCCAGAGUGAACGAUUACUUCCACUCUGUGCUUGGGGGUGACUAUGCGAGUAUCGGGGUCUCGGACACCGGGGCUCAUGACGAUGGCGGAACACAUCUACGGCCAUCGUGGGUAGCCAUCGGCAAUGACUAUGCCGAGUUCGUUCGAUCGGGGAUAAUUAAUCCCACAUUUGGCCGGGUCUGCGCGGUACACCGCUCCUCGGAGAACCGCACGAGAAUCGAGAUCGAAGUACCAGGGAAGGACAGAGUAUCGCUGGAGAAUGUCGCGGGCAUUAUUCUUGCGACAGGGUUUACUCCGUUUGCCUCACUCGGUUUCCUUCCCGACGAAGUCCUCCAGAUACUAGAUUAUUCUGCCAAUGACUCGUUCUUCCCGCUCCUUUUAGAUGGAAAGGGUACAUCCCAUGCGGAAAUUCCAGACUUGGGAUUUGUUGGCUUCUACAGAGGCCCGUACUGGGGCGUGAUGGAGAUGCAGGCUCGAAGUCUUGCAAAGAGCUGGGCCGAGGCCGACACAGAACAUGGCAUCGAAUUCUCCACGGAACAGCUGGAAAGCAAAGCAACUGAAAGACAACGAGUCCGCGAGUAUCGGCAGUCGGACCCAAAUCUGCACCGGGGCCAGUUUCCCAUGGGUGAUUACACCGGGCUGAUGGAAUCCUUUGCUCGGGACUUGGGGAUCUCUCGUGCUUCGUUGCUGGGCUUUGGGGAACGGGAUGGCCCUGUUGUUCCUGCGCGGUAUAUCAUGCGACGUGAAGGGAACGAAGAAGGGUUAGGGACUGCUGAUGUGCAAAUAACUUUGAAUGCUAUGAGCAAUGUCCUUAUCUCUCAGCCCGCCAGUGCUGGCUCAGCGAUCUACAUGGCAAUCUUCCGGGCCCUUCACGGGGCAUGGAGCUUGAUGAGGACAUCCUCAACGCACAAGGAUCAGAGUACUGGCAUUGCUACCUUUCACCCGCGGUAUCCAUCUGAGCCAGCUUAUGAGGCUGAAUACUUAUAUGAAGAAGCUGGAACAGACUCCAUACAAGCUGUGUAUCGGCUGGCUGAGAGUCCUGGCGAUGCAAAAAUUAUUGUGAGCCCUGUUGAUCGAAGCCAAAGUCAAGCCGUAGCCGCAUUCUCGCAUGCCUUGAGUGUAACGGAGCAAGAGUUCCAGUCCACCGAGGGGAAGUAUUCUCUUCAUGCCACUAGCACUGGCUUUGCGGGGUCUGAUUCAAACCAUUCGGACGCCAGCAACUGGAAGCACGACUAUGUCUUCCGGUUUGAUGGAGUCGCUAUAUCAUCCUGGACAUGCACUGUGUGGCGUCCAUUGGAGCAGCUUAACCCUUAUAAGGAGGAUGAAACAGUUACAACGCUAUAUAGACGACUAUAA